ACACCAUUUCCUCCCCCCACCUCCAAGAUCCAUCACUUCGACCUUCAAUUCUGCAUUUCCCAAACCCCAUUUUUUGUUACUCAAUCCUUUGGGGGGAACAGUUUUUUUGAUCCAAACACAAUGGGGAGAAUUGGGUCGAAUUCAGAGAUUUCAGAAGGUGAAAAGUCAGAGCUGGUCCUUCAAAUUUGUUCAAUGUCAACCAUUCCAAUCGCAUGUCCACAUAAAAAUCAUUCCAACAAUACUCAUUUCAUCGACUGGUAUCGCCUUUUGGGAGUAUGUUUUCAAUGUUUUCUUUCUUUUUCCAGGCUUUUAAUCUUCCCCAUAACAUUUUCCCGGAUUUUCCAGUCCGUUUGGCUCAGUUCCCCCCCCCCCCCGGUUUUCUUCCCUUUGCAGGUGGCUGAAAAUGCAGGAUUCCAGCUUAUCAAAAGGCGUUAUCAUAACCUUGCUUUGCAACUUCAUCCUGAUAAGAAUAAGCAUCCAAAAGCUGAGAUUGCCUUCAAGCUUGUUUCAGAGGCAUACGCAUGUGUUUCAGACGGUCCGAAGAGAAGAGCUUUUAACAUAGAGAGAUGGAAACACUUUUAAUACGAAUGCAAUAGAAUCCCAUUUUCAAAUGUCAAUUCUCUCCUCAUUUCCCAACAUUCAUCAAAAGAUCCCACCAACUGUUCAAAAUAUGGUAAAUUUCUGCGAAAUUUAAGAGAAAUUAGGGAUAGAUUCAAAGAAGAAAUUAGGGUUAUAGAGAACAGUCUGAGGGUAAACAGAAGGGAAUUCCCAGCAUUUAACCCAUCAACAAACAGCGUUUAUGGGAGUAAGGUUAAGCAUAAACAGAUUGAAAGAGAAAGCCAAGUUUUUGAGCCAUCAGAUUAUAUGGUUCAAGGUUACCCACAUUUGAGAGAUCAAAUCAGCAAGAAAACCGAGAGAUUCUGGGAAUUAAAAAGACCAAGUGUAGAGGAAAAAGGGAAAUAUCAUUCACCCAUUUUCCAGAAUUCUUCAGAAACUGGAGGAUUGUU